UUCUGGGUGCACCUUCAGAGACCUUGGGAAGACUGGCUGGCUUCUUCUGAAGAUGGAAGGCUAAUUCACUAGCCUUUUUGGAACCCUUGGUGUUGGGUCAAUUUUUCAAUUUUCAGACAGAGGUGCGUUGGAAAGAGCUGAGAGUUGAGCGCCCUGAGAGGAGCCAUGCAGCCCCAGAGGCUGCUGAGCGCUGGCUUCCUGCUGUGCAGCCUGGCCUGCCUCUGGUGGGAUGCUGUGGCUUCCCGGCCAUCCAAACCAAGGGGCUGGCUGGGCGACCUCCGGGACGACCUCUGGGACCUGAUCAAGAGCUCCCUCCCUGCAGCAGCCAUUCUGGCUUUUGUUAUCAGUGCAGCAAUCCUGGGGACCCUGUGCUGCCUCACCAUCCUUAUAGGCGAGCCCGUCCAGUAAAGAACUAGACGAUUCCGGUGGACAAGCACGGUGUUCGCUUGCUGGAGUCCGAGAGGAUGGACUAGCAAAGUCAAAUUGUCUUUCAUCUUAGACUAUCUUUGUCUUUAUUUUCUCCUUCAAAACAUGCAAUUGAAAAAUGGGAAUAGUCAUGACUGCUUUGAUGAUAAAAGUAGUACACUCUUAUUGUAAAAGGUGUGUAGAAAAUACAGAAAGAAGAAAACCAUACCCCUAACCCUAGCACCCCAAA